GUCUCACUCCGUGCCGGUCCUUUCAUUCCAGUGUUGUGCUGUUCCCUGGGCUUCAUCACGGGCCUGAUCUUCACACAGCGCUCGGGAAACUACUUUGUCUGCAUGUUCGACGAUUACGCUGCGACGAUGCCUCUGAUUAUUGUCGUUCUGUUCGAGUUGGUGGCAGUCGCCUGGUUCUACGGAGUCGACAGGUUCUUCGAUGACAUCCAGGAAAUGAUUGGGCGCCGGCCGUUCUUUCUCUACAAGUACAUGUGGAAGUUUGUCUGUCCCAUCAUCAUGGUGGCGUUACUCCUCGCCAGCCUGAUCCGCAUGUGUAUCAACCACCCAACGUAUCGAGCGUGGAAUCAGACCAAGGCGGAGGAGGUGUUGCUGGAGUAUCCGGACUGGGCACUUGCCAUGAUGAUACUCCUGAUUGUGAUGGCCUGUCUGCCCAUCCCGCUGAUGUACAUCAGGCAGGCGCUGCUGGACAGGCAGCUCAGCCGCACGGACUACUCGGAGUGCGCCUACAUCGGCGCCGACGGCGUCUCCUUCCCUCUCGACGGGAACGCCAGCGAGGGGGUGGGGCAAAAUGGCUACCUGAAGGUUGAGACGGAGGAGGGGGGCUUGGAGAGGUCGGUGCUGCUGUCGGAGGAGGAGGAGGAAGAGGAGGAGGAGGAGGAGCAGGAGGAAGUGAUUGAAAUGGACGACUUGUCACAAGAGCAAAGCUGCAAGGCGGUUUUGAAGUAACUCCCGCGGUUUUUGGACACUUUAAGGGCUUUUCUAUUUCAAAAAA